GCCUCCUCCUCCGUCACCAUUCCUCUCCAGAGGGGCUCCGCGGGCUUCCUGUCGACCCUCCGUCCCCGGAGAAAGUGGACGGUGGUCCUGCUGGUGACUGUCGCGAUGGUCCUGAUCGCUCUGGCCGUGGCCGUCCCGUUGCUGCUGCUCCGCGCCCCGGACACCUCCGCGUAUCACUACGAGAUGAUGGGCACCUGUCGGAUGGUGUGCGACCCGUACACCCCGAAACCGGGAGGCGGUGGCACCACCAUGGAGGUGAUCCAGAACGGUGUCGCUCCACAGCCACCCAUGGCGCAGGGGAGCCGAGGGGAGCCAGGCAGACCGGGGAAACCGGGAGCGAGGGGCCCACCAGGAGAACCAGGACCCCCGGGUCCGAGGGGCCCCCCAGGGGAGCGAGGAGUCGGGAAAAUCGCCUACCCCGCGGUGACCGGAGCUGCUGGUUCUGAUAACGCAGAGUUGGAAAGUGUGAACUCCACGUCCAGCGGUUUCAAGAUCGCUUUCUACGUGGGUCUGAAGAACCCACACGAGGGGUACGAGGUGUUAAAGUUUGACGACGUGAUUACAAACUUGGGGAACCGGUACGACGCGAGCACCGGGAAGUUCACCUGCCAUGUGUCCGGGAUCUAUUUCUUCACCUACCAUGUGCUGAUGCGCGGAGGAGACGGGACCAGCAUGUGGGCCGACCUGUGCAAAAACGGACAGGUCAGGGCCAGCGCCAUCGCUCAGGACGCAGACCAGAACUACGACUACGCCAGCAACAGCGCCGUGCUGCACCUAGACUCUGGAGACGAGAUCUACGUCAAGCUGGACGGAGGCAAAGCUCACGGGGGAAACAACAACAAGUACAGCACAUUCUCCGGAUUCAUCCUAUACCCCGACUAAACACAGGCAGCACAGCAAGCACGGACAGUAGCACUGAGAACUGUUUCAUUAAAGUAUAUGGUCCAAUGUGUUUCUCUACAUGGGAUUAUCUGUACGUUCUGUUCUGAGACCUUUUGUACAUGUGUUUCAUUUAAGUUCAACUGUCGUCAGAGUUUUUAUCAGACCUAAUAGUGACCCUGGCUCCGAGCGGAGAAACCAUCAGAAGUUCCUUUGACACAUUUCAACAAGGCUUAAGGGAAACGAGCACCAGCUGCUCACUCUGUGUAUUAAUGGUGUCUACUAUUUCAGGCUCAGAUGACAAAAGCAAUCCAUUGAAAUGUUGAGAAAAAUAAAUGUAACAGCAUUCAAAGAAAGAGUUAAGGCCAGCAUGACACAGACAUUUAAGUCGUUAAGGGAACAAAGCUAUAGCCAAUUAGCUGCACAAAUUUAACCUGCUGUGAUGAAGUAUAAACAGUUUAACAUUAGAGACAAUUAAGACUGUCAAAUGGACUUGUUUUUGACGUGACAAACCAGAACCCCCCCAGAAAGGCAUACUUAUCCACUUGUAAUGGGAAAUAAAAUGAGUACCUACUUAAAGCUAGUUGUCUCUUGCUUAAAAAACCUGCAAACAAGGCUAUUAGUGAGCCUGCUACUUCAGCUUGAAAAACAAAUGCCAGGAGGAAGAAAAAAAUGGAAACCCAGUAGGCUAAGUGUUUCACCAAGUAGCCCCUACGGCAUCAAGAUUCUACAACCGUAUAUUAUAGGUAUGCCACUCUCUGGUGUGACCAGGUCUUCUAUUAAUUGCAUCACAUCUGAUUUAUAUGGUAACUCAAUUGCAUCAAUGUAUAGCCACAUGAAUUUCCUUAAUUCCUAAACGUUUUAUUUAUUAUUAAUUUAAAGUAAGCCACCAUUCCUGGUAUCCUCCUUCCCAACGAUUAAUGCACUUUGGAUAAGCUGUUUUAAAAGAAGUUGUCUGAUUGGUUCACUGGAACACACUUUAAAAUGCAUUGAAAAGACGCAAAAUGUUUAAAAUCGAGGCCAUUUUAAAUGCCAUUGCAUCAGAAUCAUGGUGCUCUGAGUUGUGUUCAAUGUCUCACUAAAUGUCCCGAUAACCACGAUA